ACGCACGAGACAGGUAGAGUCCGACAACGUUCUCAAGGGCAUUCCGUUCUUUAAACCCUUUCAUCUUACAGAUAGAGCACGUCUACUUAUCGUGUACUAAUAAAGUGCCCGAGGCUCCGACAUAGCUGCGCUGCGCUGCUGUUCGCGAUCGCCGCCGGAUCAGAUAGACAGAGGAGAGAGGAGGGCAGCCGGCGGCUACGAUGACGAUCGAGCGGCUGGAGUCGCAGGCGGCGGCGGUGACGGUGGAGACGACGAUGAAGACCGCCUCCGCUGCCGACGUGAGAACCAGCGCGGCGCUCCGGCUGCUGGCCUUGGCGGCGUCGCUCGCCGCCGCGGUGGUCGUGGCCACCAACCGGCAGGACCGCUGGGGCAUCACCGUCACCUUCAGGAUGUUCGCCGUCUGGGAGGCGUUCGCGGCCGUCAGCCUCGCCUGCGCCGCCUACUCGGCGGUCACGGCGGUCUUCGUGAAGAGGCUCGUCAGCAAGCACUGGCUGCACCACGCCGACCAGCUCGCGGUGAACCUGCAGGCGGCGUCGACGGCCGGCGCCGGGGCGAUAGGGUCGGUGGCCAUGUGGGGGAACCAGCCCAGCGGGUGGUUCGCCGUGUGCCGCCUCUACCGCCUCUACUGCGACAAGGGCGCCGUCUCCCUCGCGCUGGCGUUCGUCUCCUUCGUCGCCCUCGGCGCCGCCGCCACGCUCUCCCGCUUCCCGGCCAGGCCGCCACCUCCACCACCGGCCUCCAGAUAGAGAAUGCAAUUACUUCUCUUGGUUGCAAGAUGC